AUGGAUCUCCAAUUUUUAUUUCAUUUACCAGCGGUUUUAUUGUUGCUGGCGUCCGUCUCCACUUCUUACGGGUACUUUAUCAGCAUUGAUGCGCAUUCUGAAGAAUGUUUCUUCGAGAAAGUCACAUCAGGAACGAAAAUGAGUUUAAUGUUUGAAGUAGCGGAAGGCGGAUUUCUGGAUGUGGAUGUCAAAAUUUAUGGGCCAGAUGGUAACAUAAUACAUUCUGGGGACAGAGAAUCUAAUGGCAAAUACACAUUUGCUGCCCAUAUGGAUGGCAACUAUAAGUAUUGCUUCAGCAACGCCAUGUCAACGAUGACCCCAAAAGUUGUGGUGUUUUCCAUCGAUAUUGGUGAAAAGCCCAAAGAGGCCGCUGGUGCGGAAACUGAUGCAAACCAUAACAAGCUAGCAGAGAUGAUCAAUGAGUUGUCUACAGCACUGACUGGUGUCAAACAUGAACAGGAGUAUAUGGAAGUUCGAGAACGGAUCCACAGAUCAAUUAAUGACAACACAAAUUCCAGGGUAGUUCUGUGGUCGUUCUUCGAAGCCCUUGUUCUUGUAGCCAUGACCCUAGGCCAGGUAUACUACCUGAAGCGGUUCUUUGAAGUCCGAAGGGUUGUCUGA